GACGUCGUCUACAGACUACAAUGGACGUAACUGCUAUCUUCGCCGGUGAUAUUUUGGUGCAAUCCAGAGAGUAUCUUAUCCCUAAUGAUGUUGUGGAUGUUGAUGGUGGUAUUAAAGCGGUAAGACCACCAAUAAUUCAGCCCCCUCCGGGAAGAAAACUACCUCUUAUUGACUUUCCAGGAUCAUCGUGGGAUUUCCUUACGUAUUUUGCUCCAAGUAAAACAGUUAAGCGGCAGAGUUCCUCCUCUUCUGAUAAUACCUCUGAUAAAGAGGAAGUUGAAACGGAAGAGACGCGAGGUAUGUUUGUCCAGUUGGGGGAUACGGCUCAUGAGGCAUGCCCAUUCGCUACAAACGAGGCUGACUCCUCCAGUACAGUAUCCAUUAUUUCGCCGAGUUAUGCCUCUAGAGGUUCUAUCGUCCCUUCUUGGCUGAAGAGGAAAUUUCUGGGACGAGUAUCAUUAGGUUUUGUGUAUGAAGGCAGUUCAGGUUCCUCCGUUGGUUCCGAGUCGACUUGUUCCUUGAUGACGCCUUCUCUGGAGUUCCCGGAUCGCAUCAGUUUCCGGAAAAAGGAUUUCAGUGAAAAAGGUCCUAGUCGACACGUUUGGGAAAAGCGUAAAUUGACGCGUGCCAAGUUGAUUGAAAAUUUUUGCAAUCCGGAGGACAUUGAACCAGUCACAUCUUGGCUGAAGGGUCAACUUCUAGGAGAAGAAUCAUUUGCCUCUGUGUAUGAAGCCAUUUCAGAUUCCUCUGUUGGUUCCGAGUCGACUUGUUCCUUGAUGACGCCUUCUAUGGAGUUCCCGGAUCGCAUCAGUUUCCGAAAAAGGGAUUUCAGCGAAGAAGGUCCUAGUGGACGUGUUAAGGAAAAGCGUAAAUUGAUGCGUAACAAGUUGAUUGAGAAUUUUCGUAAGCCUGAGGAUAUCACGUCUUGGCUGAAGGGUCAACUUCUAGGACGAGGAUCAUAUGCCUCUGUGUAUGAAGCCAUUUCAGAAGAUGGGGACUUCUUUGCUGUCAAGGAAGUUUCACUUCUUGAUAAGGGAAUUCAGGCACAAGAAUGCAUUCAACAACUUGAGGGGGAGAUUGCACUACUUAGUCAGCUUCAGCAUCAGAAUAUUGUGCGAUAUCGUGGCACAGCCAAGGACGUGUCAAAAUUGUACAUCUUUCUUGAGCUUGUAACCCAAGGAUCCGUUCAAAAACUCUACGAAAGAUACCAACUUAGCUACACAGUAGUCUCCUUGUAUACAAGACAAAUUCUUGCUGGGUUGAAUUAUCUCCACGAUAAAGGCUUUGUUCACAGGGACAUUAAAUGUGCAAAUAUGUUGGUGGACGCUAAUGGCACCGUCAAACUUGCAGAUUUUGGAUUGGCAGAGGCGUCAAAGUUCAACGACAUUAUGUCUUGCAAGGGAACAUUAUUUUGGAUGGCUCCGGAGGUAAUUGUGUUGGGAUCCUUCUCAUUGUUUUGGAUUGUGUGAAUACAAUGAUAGACAACAUAUCAUACAUCAAUAGCAAUGUUCUCGGCAUUGAUAACCUUAAAAAAACCCGAUUAUGUUUCCUUCAAGGUAUUUGGUUAAAUUUUUGUUUAUGGUGAGUUGGUAACUGUUAGUAUGUUUAUACUCGAGGCUAUACUUGUAUGGUUAUUUCUAAAUAGAACAUAACCAUUUGAUCAGGUUAUUAACCGAAAGGAUAGUGAUGGCAAUGGAAGUCCAGCUGAUAUAUGGAGCCUUGGGUGCACUGUGCUGGAAAUGUGUACUGGUCAGAUCCCCUACUCCGAUCUAAAACCCAUUCAAGCCGCGUUUAAGAUUGGAAGGGGUACGCUUCCAGACGUACCUGAUACUUUAUCACUAGACGCUCGGCAUUUCAUACUUACGUGUCUCAAAGUGAACCCGGAAGAGCGGCCAACUGCAGCUGAACUGCUGCACCAUCCAUUUGUUAUAAAUCUUUGAUUCUUACGCUGAAACAAUCAAACUAUGCAAUAGUAUGGCGAAAACCAUUUCUUUGAUUCUGGUCAAAGCCAAGUUAAUUGAAGUGUGAAGUGUCUAUAUAAUUCAACUUGUUUCCCGUUGAAGAGUUAUCGCAAUGAUGGAUUUAUAAAACUUAUUCGAAAGGUUUUCGACUCCGUACACCGUACAGAUGUACGUAUGACCAUAAUAGAUAAUAGUACACACAUGUAGAUAGUUCCUUUCCAAAAUCUACAUUGUAGUAGUACGAGGAUCACUUGGACCGUUUCCAAAGAUCCGUCAUUUUGGAAACAAAUGUAAGAAUGAAGAAAAACCUUCUCUAACGUC